GCCAUCUCUACCAGAACCACAUCUUCUUCCCCCAAUAUUAUCCUUCCCUUCCGAUCAAAAUCUCAGAUUAAACUCAUCUCAGAAAGCUUAUUUCUUACUCAAGAAGUAUAAAUAAACCUAUUCCAAAACCCUAAAAAUGGCUACGAUGGGUCAACUAUGGGCUAACACAGGCUCUGCUCUAGCAACCCUAAUGUUUGUAUACACAAUCUUCAAACAAUGGUUCCCUCACGUUGGAGACCACUUUGAACCAUUCUUUCAAAGACUAUUCAGCCGUUUCUACCCUUACAUCCAAAUAACGUUUCACGAAUACAGCGGAGAGCGUUUCCAGCGAAGCGAGGCCUACUUAGGGAUCCAAAGCUAUCUCAGCAAAGACUCCUCUUCUCGAGCCAAGAAGCUAAAAGCCAACACGACCAAAGGAAGCAAGUCGCUUGUCCUAAGCAUGGAUGAUAAGGAAGAGAUUACAGACGAGUUCGAGAACGUUACGGUCUGGUGGCAGUCCAAGAAAGAAGGUAAUAUUAGGCAAUCGUUCUCUUUUUACCCUGCGGCUGAUGAGAAGAGAUACUACAUGUUGAGGUUCCAUAGACGUGACAGAGAAGUCAUCAUAGAGAGGUAUCUUGAGCAUGUUAUGAAGGAAGGGAAGACGAUAGAGCUGAAGAAUAGAGAGAGGAAGCUUUAUUCGAAUACUCCGGGACAGAACCAUGGGAACCAGACAAAGUGGAGUCAUGUAACGUUUGAGCAUCCAGCGACUUUUGAUACUCUAGCUAUGGAAGAGAAGAAGAAGGAAGAGAUCAAAAGCGAUCUCGUUAAGUUUAGUAAGAGCAAAGAUUAUUACAAGAAGAUUGGUAAGGCUUGGAAGAGAGGGUAUCUCUUGUUUGGACCACCCGGGACUGGUAAAUCAACCAUGAUUGCUGCCAUGGCAAACUUCUUGGAGUAUGAUGUUUAUGAUCUUGAGUUAACAACGGUUAUGGAUAACACACAGCUGAGGAGGUUACUGAUUGAGACUUCUACAAAGUCUAUUAUUGUGAUUGAAGAUAUAGAUUGUUCUCUUAACCUAACGGGACAGAGGAAGAAUAAGAAGGAGGAGGAGGAUGAAGAUGGAGACGACAAGGAAGCAAUAGAGAAGAAGAUGAUGAAGAAUGAAGGUGAUAAGAAAGAGAGCAAAGUUACAUUAUCAGGGCUACUAAAUUUCAUUGAUGGGUUAUGGUCAGCAUGUGGUGGGGAGAGGAUCAUUGUGUUUACUACAAACUUUGUGGACAAGCUGGAUCCUGCUUUGAUUAGGAAAGGAAGAAUGGAUAAACAUAUAGAGAUGUCUUAUUGUGGGUUUGAAGCUUUUAAGGUGUUGGCAAAGAACUAUUUGGAUGUGGUGGAGAGUGAGUUAUUUGAUGAGAUAAAGAGGUUGCUUGAGGUUGAAGAAAUCAAGAUGACGCCGGCUGAUGUUGGGGAGAAUCUGUUGCCUAAGUCAGAAGGGGAAGAGGGAGAGACUUGUUUGAGGCGCUUGAUUGAAGCUUUGAAAGAGGAGAAGGAGGAGGCAAAGAGGAGGGUUGAGGAAGAGGCGAAGCAGAAGAAGGAAGAAGAGGAAGAGAAGAAGAGGAGGAAGGAAAAGAAAGCUGAGAAGGAGGCAAAGGAAGAGGAGGAGAAGAAGAAGAAGAAAAAGAUUGAAGAAAAUGGUGACGCAGAGCAUUGAAUUUGAAGAAAAAUCGAUAUAUGUUGGUUUUAUUUAUCGUUUUGUCUCUUCCAUCACAUGAAUAGCUUUAAAGAACAUCACUAAGAGGCAUAGAAACAAAUCAUUAUGCUACAAACUUGCUGAUUUUCUAUAUCAAUAGAGAGCUAUGAUGAAGUAACAUGAAUUGUAAUAUAUGGUUAAUAUGAUGUAGAACCAUUUAUCUUAUA